AUGCCCAUCCUCCCGCACCUCAUCCCGGGCAUCCUCCCGCCCUCACGCGAGAAUUGGGAACUCAUCGCGUACGCAUGGCAAUUCUUCCCAAUCGUACGCAUAACAAGCCAUCAAUGAACCCAUCGUACACUGACCGAAACAACCAGUUUACCGCAGUCCAAUGGCUCACAGACUUCUACCCGCAAGGCAAAACCUCCAUCGAAAGCGCCUACAACCUCCCCGGGAAAUACGCCUGGCUCAUAAUGGAAUGCCCCGGUUUCCUCGUCGUCCUAUACUGCAUGUUCACCAUCGUCCCGCAGGAAGACGGCCCUCUACCCUGGGCGAACUGGACCAUGGCGGGCAUCUAUACCAUCCAUUACAUCUACCGUGCCAUCCUCUCCCCGCUGCUCCUGAACCCUUCCAUGUCGCCGAUCCACCCCGUCGUCUUCUUCUCCGCCUUCGCAUGGCAAGUCAUCAACGGCCUGAGCCUGGGAGGCUGGCUAGGCGGCUACGGUCCCACCACCGUCUGGGACUGGGCCGGGCGAUUAUACAGCAUAGAAAUCGGCAUGGUCCUCUGGGGCUGGUCCUUCCUGCUCAAUAUCUUCCACGACGACGAUCUCCGCGAGAUCCGCCGCAGCGCUUCCCGUCGCCAGAAAGCGCAAGCCGAAAAGGACGGCCUGCCCAUCGAAGGCGUCGAGAAAAUUUAUAUGAUCCCGAAGAAUGGCUUGUUUCAUUAUAUUCUCUUCCCGCAUUACUUGACGGAGUGGUGCGAGUGGGCGGCUUUCUGGUUGAUCGGGGGAAAGGAUUGCAUACCGGCGAGGAGUUUCUUGUUGAAUGAGAUUUCGACCAUGUUGCCUCGAGCGUUGGCGGGGAAGAAGUGGUAUAUUGAGAAAUUCGGAAAGGAAAAAGUCGGGAACAGGAAGGCGAUUAUUCCGGGGUUGUUGUGA